AAGCCACGUGGGGUUCCCCCUGGCCAGGGAUUUCGGGGUCACUCCGGGCUCUGCGUGCGGUCUUUGGGGGGGGGCUCCUUGUGAGCCCUGAAUGGAGGGGCCUCCAGCCGUGGGGGUUUUGAGCUGACUCCUCUGACUUUGAAAGCGUCGCCCGGCUCUUCACCAAGGGAUGGGUGAUGCCGACUCGCCAGCGCGGGUGCAGAGGGUCCUAGCAGCCAGCGAGGGGGCCACUGAAUUCCUCUCGCUCAUCGGCCUCAACUGGAGCCUUGUGUCCAGUUCUGGGCGCCACAUUCAGGAAAGAUGUGGACAAACUGGAGAAAGUCCAGAGAAGAAGAAGGACAAAAUGAUUAAAGAUCUAGAACAGUGGGCUCCAAACUGGGGUGCACGAGAUGAUCCCGGGGGGUGCGUGGCAGCAGGAGCACCGACGGACGGCACUCCGCCGUUUUUCUCCCUUCGGCGGCAGCUCUGCACGUCCACGGCUGGGGUUCCCCUCCGGCGGCCCGCCUGCGGCGCAGAGGAGUUGAGCCCCUGUCUCUUCGCGGAGUCGCUGGUCAUGGUCUCGGAGAGCGGCCAGCCGCUUGGGCAGUUCUCAGUUUCGGUGCAGCCAGCCUGCUACGAGGAGCAGGGCGGGCAGGAACAGGACUGCUUUCUGGUCCGCGCCGCCAGCCAGAGCACCGUCAACGAAGUGCCCUGCAGUUCCUCCAUCACGGCUUAUGUAUCAAAGCGGCUGGAAACCCUGGAGCAGCAUCAGCAUGAAUACGUGAAGUUCAGAGCCCACCCCCUGGACAGAAAGACCCACGUAGUGAAGCGCGGAGGCAGGCUGGUCGUCACGAAAAUCAUUGAGGAAGGAGAGCAUGAGGCCCAGACCCAGAGCUUCUCCUACAACUGCGCCUCCCUGCACGGCCUCGUCUUGGAAGCUGCCAACUUGCUGGUGCUGCGGGUGCUGGCCAAGCGCAGGGCCGUGCCCCAGGAUACCUUCCUGGCCUUCGACACCGAGGCCCACGUCUGCACCUCCGCCUACACUGCCAUGGGCUUCCAGAAGCAGCUGGUGGGCAUGACGGAGGUGGAGGUGUUUGGGAUUGAGAGGGCCGUGUACCCGGACGAGGGCAUCCCCAUGACCUGGCAGUUCUAUUUCCUCUCCGACGGACAUUUGGCCCGUCGUGUCCAGGUUGGGUCCCCGGCCACCAUGCUGCUCCAGCAGCUGCCCGUUCUCAUCGAUGUAGAUGAAGCGGAGCCCCGGCCUGUCUUCGAGAAGAAGUCCCUGGACUGGGAGGAAGACGUGCAGCUUUAUUCCCAGUUCCUGGACAGGAAGGAGGAGCUGCAGGCCGGCCACGCCUCCUACGCCCGGCGCCACCCGGAGCUGCGCACCCUGCUGGCCGACUUCCUGCAGCUCCUGCUGCUGCGCAAACCCGACGACGUCCUCCCCUUCGCCGCCGAGUUCUUCGCCCCGUUCGCCACCCAGCGCCCGCCGGGCAGCGCCUUCCAGGCCUCUGACAAGCCCAGCCCCUUCCGCGGCCGCGUGUGAAGGGCCGGCUGCCUCUGGGCAUUAAACCGGCGGGUAGCAGCUUCCAAGCA